AUGACCGUCAGCUCCCGAGGCCCGCCAUCUCCCGGGAGGCGACGCCUGUACACCGGGGGAGUAAUGCCGCCCACCCGCCCCUCGCCCUCCGCGGGCGGAGGCAGCUCCGACGCUGGAGGCGACGACGGUCCCAGCAUCUGGUCGACGAGCCUAGACGGGCCGACGACAGAGGAGCUCCGGCGCUACAUGUUGUUGGGGCUGUCGGGGUGCUGGCUCGCGAAGCCGUGGAAAAUCGACAAGGACGGCUAUGCGACACUCGACCCCGGUGCCACGGCAGAGGAGCGUCGUAACCACCCCAGCGACAGGUACAACAUCGUUGUCCGUCACGCAUUUCGGGGCGGCAAGUCCUACGCGAACGUCAUCGGUCGGUUCCGGCACUCGUCGGCGAUCGCGGGGAACCCCUUCAACUCCGGCAGUAGACAGCGACGCCGCAGGCGGUGGACGUUACCCCCACCGGCCCCUCCGGUGGCCCUGUCGAAGAUUGACCUCACACCGGAACAGGUGGUCCUCCGAGAGGACGGCAACCCCAACGACACGCGGGGUUUACUCGUCGCUCUGCGUGCCUCGCAGGCGGUGGCGGAGGAGGCCACGACGAAGGAGGGAGCAGAGACGGUGGCGGCUAUCGAGGCAGCGGCGACGAUUGAGGCGACGGCGGCUGCAUCGGCAUCGGCCGGGAGGCACAGGCUGCCGUGGUUCCGACAGACUGUGCGCCCCGCAGCCACCGCCUCCAACCACCGCGCCGCCGCCCCGGUAGCAACUGCUCUAACCACCGCGGCGCUGCCUCGCAAACCACCGCGGCCCCGACAAACCUACGCCGCCCGCAACCUGCCUGAAAAUGUAACUGAAGGUGAAGGAAGCUAUGUCCAUGGAAAUUUUUCUGCUCCUGAUGUCGAAGAUUCAAAAGAUUCAGAUGAUGGAGAUGUUUCUUCGCAGCCGCUGCCGCCCUAUGUUGGGAUGGUGUUUGACACAGUUGACGAUGCUCGCAAAUUCUACAAUGACUAUGCCUUCAAGUUGGGGUUUGGAACGCAUAUAUCUACUUCAAAAUUCACGCAGAAGAGAGGUCAAAAGAAAGAGGAUGCAACCCUCAUAAAAAGGGUCUUUGGAUGUGUGCACGCUAGAAAGCCCGUUAAAACGGAAACCAAGAGCAGUUCAGAGAGCAUUGCAAAUGGAACCAGCAACUCUAGUAGGCAGCCUAGUGAGGGGAUGGAUGUCACAAGAAAACGUCAAAAAACAGAAUGCUCCCAUACACAUCCGAUGAUGGAUCAACCGGAGCGUGUUAGGUACUACCGCUCGCACCGCAGCAUACCCAGCGAGGAUUACCAACUGUUGUUGACGCUGCAUGAUGUGAACCUCUCCAAUUCAGAAUGCAUGAGCGUCCUUGGUAGGAUCCAUGGAGGUGACACUAGGAUACUCCCAUAUGUGAAAAGAGAUGUUACAAAUGAACGUGCAAAGCUCCGCAGAGGGUUAACAUUUCGAGACAUGGAUAUGAUAGUGAAGUAUUUUGAGAGGAGGAAUGGUGAGAAUCCAGGGUUUUUCUUUGCGAAACAGCAAGAUCCUGCAACAAACUCAGUGACUGCAUUGUUUUGGGUUGAUGGGAGAACAAGGGCGUUGUACCCGAAAUACAAAGAUUGUGUAUUCUUCAAUACAACAUUCUGCACAAACAGAUACAACAUGCCAUUUGCUCCUAUAGUUGGUGUAAACAACCACCUCCAGACAAUUGCACUAGGAUGUGCCCUGUUGCCGGAUGAAACUAUUGACACAUUUAAGUGGGUUUUCCAGCAGUGGAUGGUUGCGAUGGAUAACGAGCAUCCUACCAACAUCAUGACUGACCAGGACCAAGCGAUGGCAACAGCCAUUGAUCAAGUGUUCCCGAACACUUGCCAUAGGUGUUGCAAGUUUCAUGUGCUUAGCAAUGCACGGUCCAAGUUGGGAAGGCUAUUGAGCAGAGAUGGGGCUUUUGCAGAUGUGUUUUACACUUGUAUCAACCAAUCCGAAACCGUGGAGGAAUUUGAGGAAACAUGGCAGCACAUGUUGCAUUGUUUUGAAGUUGCAGAAAACAGACACCUAAAAAAUAUGUGGCGGACAAGGCGCACGUGGGCUCCAGCAUAUUUCAAGGACAAAUUCUUCCCGUUCACGAGCACAACAGGCAGGUCUGAGGGGCUCAACUCAUAUUUUAAGACCCUGAUUCGACCAGCUGAUUCCGUUUGGAGAUUUGUGCAGCAAUAUGAAAUGUGUCAAGAAACUAUGCUUGAUCGUGAGGACAAUGCUGGAUUCACUGGUGAAACAACAGCUCCGCCUCUAUACUCUCGCUACAACAUCGAGCGCCAAGCUGCUGCGUACUACACCCGCACUGUCUUCGGUAAGUUUCAGAAAGAGGUGACGGCAUCUACUGGCUUCAUUGUCAACCAAGACACUGACUACCAAUGGCAAGGUGUCGUGUUUGAGUUGAAAGCAACAUCCUAUGAGAACCCGAAGCUGUAUUCUGUGCAUGUUGUGAAGGAUGAAGGGUUGUUUGAGUGCAGCUGCCACUACUUUGAGAUGAAUGGGCUGAUUUGUGCACACAUAAUAAGGGCGAUGGUUCAUCUCAAUGUGCAAGCAAUUCCACAACAAUACUUAUUGGAGAGGUGGUCCGAAGCAGCCACUACAAGCAUGGGUAGGACUGGCAGGUUGCUGGACUUUGGGCACCCCUCGACAAACACACUGAAAUACAACUCCUUGUGUCGAAGGUUGACAUGGCUUGCCUCUAAUGCAUGUUGCAAUGAUGAUGCCUAUAGAAUAUUGGAUGAUGCAAUUAAAGCCCUUGAGCCUGCCAUAGCAGUGGCCAAGAGAGGAGCCAUGCCUGAUCAACAAGCCACGCAACAGAAUGAAUCUCCAACACCACCCGCUGCGAUAACGGUAACAGUGAAUGGUGACAUGCCACAACGAGAACGCUCCGAUAUGCUGCAAAACCCAGCUCGUGUGCCUAAGAAAGGCCGACCAACUGACAGAGAGAAGAGAAAGAAGAUGCUUGUAGAGCAGCGAGAUGAUGAACAAAAAAAGAAGAUGAAACAACAAGGGAAAAAAGCAACAACAUCGGACAAGACAACAGCUCAAAAAAGGACUGUUCGCUGCAAGCACUGCAAUGAGUUGGGACACAAUAUUCAGACAUGUGGCACCCUAAAAGCUGCGAUGGAGGCGGCAUCAACGCCCUCAAAAUGCCAAUUCUGCUCUGGGGUUGGACAUGCAGUCCCACAAUGUCAAUACUUGAGAGCUGUGAUGGCAAAUGAUCAAAGAGUUGCCCAAAUGACGCAACUGAACCUGUAG